GUCUUUACGUACCGUAUUCGCGUAUGGCGAAUGGCUGACAUCGACGCUUUAUCAGAGGCUGCGUCCUUCCACAGGUUCGAUGAGGCUCAGUUUUUCUCAAUCCAUUCUCUAUUGCUAUUGAGUUGUUUCUGCUCAAGUCUUUCUUUUUUUUUUCCACCUUGAUCUUGAAUUGCCUUGUUUAAGUCUGUCCAUUCGUUGAGUUCCGAAACUCAUUAUUUGCAUUCAAAUUCUCUUUCCCUUCAUCUUGAUAACAUUUUCCACUUACGACUAAACCCCGUGGAUUCCGCGCUUUUUACGGACAUAAUGAAGUCGGCUUCAACUAUCUUGGCGGUCUUGGCGGCCGUUGUCAAUUUGACUUCCGCUCAGACCGUGACCGGAAAGGCGGAGGGCUUCGCGACCGGAGUUACCGGCGGCGGAAGCAUUGCCGCCGUCACGCCCAAGGACAUUGACGAGCUGACAAAGUACCUGACCGACGACGAGCCCCGUGUCAUUGCUCUUUCUCAGGAGUACGACUUUACCGAGUCCGAGGGCACGGAGACCGGCACGGCAUGCGCCAACUGGGGCACCGGCGCCGCUUGCCAAAGAAUUAUCCUGGACGACUGCGGCAGCGCCACCAAGGAGACGGACACUUGGUACAAGGCCGCCCGUACGCCUAUCGACGUCGGGUCUAACAAGACCAUCAUCGGUGUCGGUAACAAGGGCGUCAUCAAGGGUAAGGGUUUGAGGAUGCAAGGCAGCAACGUCAUUAUCCAGAACAUUGAGAUUACCGACCUGAACCACAAGUACGUUUGGGGAGGUGACGCCCUGUCUUUCGCUGGCGCUGAUCUUGUCUGGGUCGACCAUGUCACGACUACCCGCCCCGGACGCCAGCACUACGUGUUCGGAUUCACUCCUAGCAAGCGCAUCACCCUGUCUAACAACUUUAUUAACGGAAACUCUACCUUCUCCACUGGCUGCGAUGGAUACCACUACUGGACUUUCGAGAUGGUUGGCGAGGAUGACCAGAUCACCAUGAAGAACAACUACGUGUACAUGACUGCCGGCCGUGGUCCCGCCCUGAGUGGUGCCACCCUGCUUCACGCCGUCAACAACGUCUGGGAGGACACCAAGGGACACGCGAUCGAGGGUGGCGACGCCAAGGCUCGCGGUAUCUUCGAGGGCAACGCCUUCAUCAACGUUAAGCAGCUCGUUUCCGACUACCAGGGCAAGCUGUUCACCGCCCCCGACGGGACCGCCGCCGCUCAGUGCAAGACUGCGCUCGGUAGAGCCUGCGAGCUCAACGUCUUCGAAGACACCACCGACGAGUUCAAGUACACCGACACCUCCUUCUUCAGCGAAUUUGAUGGUUUCAACAUUGCCAGUGCCGCAGCUGGCAGCGAGAUUAAGACCACUGUCCCCAGCAACGCCGGCAUGGGCAAGCUGAGCGCUUCCUCUUCUUCCUCCGAUACCACAGCUGAGGCUGCUGAUGAGACCACCGACACUGUUGUGGCUACCCCCUCCGCCGCUCCCGCCGCUUCCACCUCCGCUGCGCCCAAGGCUUCUGAGGCUGCGACUUCUGGAUCUGUUGCACUCUACGGCCAGUGCGGUGGCCAGGGCUACUCCGGUGCCACUACCUGUGCCUCCGGCAAGUGCCAGCUUGUCAACGACUGGUACUCUCAGUGUGUCUAAGUUGAAGGAUUGAAAUCAACUAUAAACGGCCUCAGAAGCAAGAAAGGGGAGAGGUGUGCACACAAUCACGGGUAACGGCAAUUAUGUUGCGUUACCCACCCUUUUGUGAUAUUAUUUCGGAUUCAUCGGAUCCAUGCAUGUAUACUUUUCCUCUGUAAAUACAUUAUGGCCUGGGGCUAUGUAGAAAAUGUCAGCCUUUUGCAUCA